AUGGCAGUCAAUGCCAGAAACCUCAGCGGCGGUAUAUCGUUUUUCGACUUGCCUGGAGAGCUGCGCAACGCUAUCUACGAGCACUUCAUCGAUCUCAUGCCAUCAGUCAAAAACGCCAUCAACCUAGCUUGCGUCCAUAAGCAGAUUCACUCGGAGUUCGGAGUGUUAUUCGUCCUCCAGAGCAAUCUCAUCAUCGACUUUGAAGAUCUUAAUGACUUCCUACAUCACUUCUUUGUUCGCUGCCCCAACCCGGCCCUGGAGGAUCUUCAUUGCUACCUGAGAGUGGAGUCGUUCUGGUGUUCAAGUAACUCUCUUGAUAUGCUCGCGGUCGCUGCGGUCCUACAUGAGUACCCUUUAUUCCAGAUCGAAUGGUGUAUAGAGUGUGCCUGCGGCUAUUGUUUAUGCGACGUCGGAUAUGAUGGUUUUACCUUCGCACAGUCUUUCCUGACGGAUAUGGCUGUCGAUCAUUUCAAUCAGUUAGUAUCUGCCAAGGUUUCUUAUGAACAGUCCUACGGACGCAGCCGUCUUCGGUUUGUCACUGGAAAGGGAAUCUCUAGACAGACUGUCGAGAACUGGAGGCUUAUCUGCAAGGACUUUGUCAAGUUUACGGUCUAUAGGGAAGAUCGCGAGGAUUUUGAGGACUUUGACUCGGAUGAUGAGACCGAUUCGGACAACGAUGAUGGCAAGUCGGAAGGUGCUAGGGAGAGGUCUGGUCAUCAUCUUUUUUUGGAAAGAUUCCGGUUCGUUCGUCAAGUAUUGAGACACCAAGCCGUUGGCCAUAGCUUGUUAGUCGGUAUGCUCGACACAAACAACCUCACAACAGCAGACCUCCUCCCAGCCUUCCAACAACCCACCAUACCCCCACCCCAACCAAGCAUGUUCACGGAAACACACCUGCACAUGCUCAUCGCAACCCUAACGCUCACUCUUCCCCUCAUAACAGCCAUCUACAUCCAUGCCGACUACUGCGCCUUCCUCUCCCUUGGCCCCGGCGGCACGCCAGCGACACCUCUAGGCUACCUAAAGAUCAAACUCCUGUCGCUAAUCUGCCUACGCAACCCCCUCCGCCCAAUCGCGAUACCACCGCACUUCCGGCCGCAAAAAGGGUACUUUGUAGAUGCCGACGCAUUGCCAGGAAGGAAAGGGCCAAAGCCGUUGAUCCGAGGUAUUGCGCCACAGCGGCAGCAGACGCAGAAGAGUGGAGAGACUGUCUACAGUUGUCUGGUGAGCAAGAUCAAGGGCCUUGCGGCGGAUCCC